CCGAGUAAAGGCAAUGUCUGAAGUCACUGUCACCUUAAGAGGUUGUCCGGGGCCUUUCCCCAUUCUUACACCGCAGCCAGUCGCUGCGCAGCGUUCGCCCCACAUGACCCGGUGUCCUUCCCGUACAUGGCUGCCCAAGUCCCGCUGAUACCCGUCGGGUUAGAGGCUGCCCGGCGGGAGUCGCAUGAAGCCGGGAUGUGUGAUGUGGAGGAGGCCGCUCUGCAAAGAGAGACCCGCCUCAGGCUGGCUAAAUUCAACUCUAUGAGAGGUAAAGAAGUGAAGCCUGGGGAAUUCUGGGAUGUGGUCGUCAUCACAGCAGCCGACAGACAGCAGGAAUUGGCUUAUCAGCAGCAGAUAGCAGACAAGCUUGCGCAGAAGGAGCUUCCUCUUGGAGUACGUUACCACGUGUUUUCUGACCCACCCGGACCAAAAAUAGGGAACGGAGGAUCCACUCUUUAUGCGCUUCACUGCUUGCAGCAGACGUAUCCGAGGGAAUUGGAAACUUUUACGGUUCUUUUGAUCCAUGCGGGUGGUUAUAGUCAACGAUUACCAAAUGCAAGCGCACUGGGGAAAAUAUUCACAGCCUUGCCUCUUGGAAACCCGAUUUACCAAAUGCUGGAGCUCAAAUUAGCUCUAUAUGUCGAUUUUCCGGGGAAUAUGAACCCGGGGGUGGUGGUUACCUGUGCGGACGACAUUGAGCUGUACAGCGGCGGGGAUUUCCAAGUAAGAUUUGACCGAAACGGGAUUAUUGCUUUAGCUCAUCCAUCGACGCUAAGCAUAGGUACCACUCAUGGAGUGUUUGUCCUAGACCCACCGGGUCACACGUACCAAGACCUGGAAUAUAGAACCUGCGCAUCUUACCUACAUAAGCCUUCCGUUCAAAAGAUGCGGCAAUCGGGAGCCGUAAACACCCGAGGAGAUCGUUCAGGUCCUCAUCUCGCCUCGGAAGUGGUUUAUACGGAUAGUUUGUUUUACAUGGACCACGGGACCGCUAGAUUGUUGACUGGAUUCUUCCAAGAAUUGGGGGACGUUGGGUGUGAGAUUGACGCAUACGGGGACUUUUUGCAGGCCCUCGGCCCCGACGCUACUUUGGAGUACACAGAAAACACCGCUAACGUUUCAAAGGCAGAAUCCAAAUUAAUCGAAGUCCGAAAAAAGAUCUACUUUCUCCUGCGAGGAACACCUUUUACGGUGAUAGCGUUGAAUAAGUCAAAGUUCUACCACGUAGGUACCAUGGAAGAAUAUAUCUAUCACUUAACUGAUGACCCCGUCCUCGGGGCCGAACUUGGGUUUCAGUCCAGCGUUUUUAGCAUCUUUCCAGAUCGAGAUGAAAACGGGAGAGUAUGCGUCAUUCAAAGCGUACUAGAUACAAAGACCCGCGUCUCGCCGUGUUCCGUGAUUGAAUAUUCCAGGCUUGGUCCUGAUGUUUCUGUGGGCAAAUACUGCAUCGUAAGUAACUUGUGUAUAAACAGCAGAUCCAACAUACCUGACAAAACCUUCCUUAGUUCGAUAAGUUUGAUGAUCGACGGGCGACCAAUGUACGCAACCAUCCUCGUUAGUACAGAAGAUGACUUGAAAAAGAACGUGGCUUCCUUGGCCGACCUGAAAUCUCUCCGGAUAUUUGGAAGGAGCUUCUUGGAAUGUUUGGAGGUCUGGGGCCUUGGAAGUUCCGAUCGUUUGUUUUCCGGAGACGAGAAGUCCCUGAGUCUGUGGAACGCCAGGAUCUUCCCCGGGUGCGUCACGUUACAAAAGUCUGUGGAGGUAGCUCUGGAAAUGCUUCGGGGUUUGCACGGCCAACCGUCGGCGAGUGUUGACGGCGUUAAGAGGCUAUCGAUCGAGGAAAUUUUGGCGUACAAAGACGUAAAGGACAUGCUGAAUUACAGAAAAAUGCUUUCCAAGGAAAUCGCGUCUGAGGGACAAAAAGAAAUGCUGGAUGGCUGAUCUGCUCACCCGUUUCAAACAUUUAAAGUAUAAUGGUCUAUUUUUAAAAAGUUUUAUGCU